GACGUAACUUCCGGUUUUGCUGCUGUGGACGGUCAGUGAAGGGAAAUCAAGAAAGGAAGAAAAAAACCAAACAGCGAGAGAAAGAAAAAAAGAAAGCAAGCAAUUUAAAAUAACAUUAAAGAGAGGUUACAUACCCCCGGAAACACAAUUCUAUAGUGAUAUAGCAACAUUAUAUUGGUGAUUUAUUUAUUUAUUUUUAAAGAAAAGCUAGCUAGGCAAGGUGUGUUUAUUUAAAGGCAUUUAUCCGAACGGAGGAUGUUCCGAUAUUUACGCGACAUGGAUGAAAACCCUUAUAUGUUGGAUCCCUUUGCGACGCACAGGCAGCAGAUGAGAAGCAUGUUUGGGGCGUUCGGGUUCGACCCAUUCCUGGGGAUCACGGAUGGAAGGACUGUGAGCGCUCCGAUCCAGCCAGCCAGGAGACCCCAAAUCCAGGCUGGAGCUCUAUCACCCUUUGGAAUGAUGGGAAUGGGCGGGGGUGGCGGGUUCAUGGACAUGUUUGGGAUGAUGAGCAGCAUGAUGGAAAACAUGUACCACCUCCCCACAGCAGAUAGCAGUCAUUACCACAUCCCAACAGCAGAUGGCAGUGAGAGGGUGGCUGGCUCUCCGAACUGCCAGACCUUCUCCUCCUCGACGAUGAUCUCCUACUCCAGCAGUGGCAGUGGAGCGCCCAAAGUGUACCAGCAGACCUCCGAGAUCCGAUCGGCACCAGGGGGGAUCCGUGAGACCCGGCAGACGAUGCGAGACUCGGAGAGUGGUCUGGAGCGCAUGUCCAUCGGGCACCACAUCCGAGAGAGGGGACACGUGAUGGAGCGAUCCAGGAACAGGAAGACUGGGGACAGAGAGGAGAGGCAGGACUUCAUUAACCUGGAGGAGAGUGAGGCAGCUGCGUUCGAUGAGGAGUGGAGGGGUGCAGCCUCGCGCUACCCCCCCCCUGGGGCUCGCUCCCUGGACUACCAGCGGGAGCGUAGUGCGGGGGGAGGGGGGCGCCUGGCCCUCGCUGCCCCCCCCAGCCGGCAGGACGAUGACAGACAGCCCUCCUCCCGCCGCUACGACUGGUGAGACACGUGCAGCACACACAACCCCACGGUACACAGAAUUGAGCCCCUUCCUCCUGCCUCUGACAGUGUUGAGAGUGAAUUUGCUGAAGGCUAAGUGAUCAGAUGCUGUAUUGUCGAUUGGAAACCAUUCAUCUGAGUCGGCCUGCAGUCACCAACUACAUUCAUUAUUGUUAUUAAUAGUACUAGAAUAUUAUGACUAUUGCAUUUUUAUUUUGUGUGCCGAUUUAUUAUAUAUAAUUUUUUUUUUUUUUUUUUUGUAUUACUGUUUUUUACAGACAACCUUUUCAAAGAAAAGUCUUACCUGUCUUUCUCCAGGAUUCAACGGGUCAUAUUGUCUCACUUGCAUUCAUAUUUCAUUUCUUGUUUUAUUAUUAUUAUUAUUAUUAUUAUUAUUAUUAUUAUUAUUAUUAUUAUUCAUGUUCUGUGAUCUCUUUUUCUGCUCGGGUCAUUCUUUUCCAAAUUUACUAACAAUUGCAGCAUUGUGGGCAAGCUUUGCAGACUUUUAGUGUGCAGCGCAACACUGAACUGCUUCCCCUGACUUACUUCCUCCGCAGCUCUGGGGAGUCUUUUUCAGAAGCAUUUUGCUGGAGUAGUUAGUAAGCCUGGCAAUUAACUAUCUGAGCAGAAACUGCAACAGAGAAUCAUAGAGAACAGACCCAGCCCACACAGCAGGAUAUUAAACAGGGAUUUUCUUAGCAUAAAGACAUGAAUGAAGGUUCAAGGUCAUUUUAGUUUGAUUUGUUAUUCAUUGAAAUGGUUUUUUUUUUUUUUUUUUUUUUUUUUUUGGGAGGGAGGAUACAGAUUGGGUCUCGGUGAGCUGUCAGUCUCUCUUCCACAAGUGAGCAGGUCUGAUAUAAACUGUGAAGUGGCAGAGCCCUGAGUACACAGUCCUUAACUUAGCAGGGGAGGAAACAAGUCUGAUCCAUCACUGAGACCCAUGCUGUUUAAACUCCAGCACACUUUGUUUAAUGUUUCGAUGGGUUGUGUUUUAAAGGGCAGAGGAGUUGUGUAGAAAUGCUUGAGAAAGGCAUCAGCUGCAACGUGACUGAGUUGUGAAAGCUGUGAGUGAACCUGUACAAGCAGCUCCAGCACUACAGGGGAUUGUGAUGUCAUUGAGAAUAUAGACAUCCCAGUGGACUGUAGUAAAAAGCCCUUUUAUUUUGGCUUUACUUAUACAGAUUUAUUUUGUUUAAAAAGUAUUAUACUUUUUUUCUUAAGUAUGGCUUGCUCAUGACAUAAAACAAUGAACACAUUUUAAAUACUAUAGUCAUUGUGUCAACCUGUGUAAACAACUGCUAACUUUUUCUGUAAAAAGAACUACAGCUACCAUCACGUCUCACGGUUAAUGCUGCUGCAUGCUGGGCACUGCUGUAUUUCUGCUGUGAAAUUUUUUGACAGGUGGGUGACGCAGGUUUCACUGUAAUAAAUAAAAGUGCACGUCCUGGUGAAAAAAGCAAAAACAUAACUAAGAAAUUCAUGAUUUUCAGAUACAAGCACUGUUUAUUAUCAAAAGGAUAAUUCGCCCAACAUGUUUAAUUUAGCACUGAUCUUCACUCUACCAAUGAUUUAUUAUUGUUAUUAUUAUUGUUGUUGUUGUUAUUAUUACUAUUAUGACCAACAACAAAAAAUUAUUUUUAAUAUUGCAUAAGAAUUGUAUGAUUAUUAAUAUACUAUUAAUUAUUAUAAUAUAUUAGGUAGGUCCUUUCUUGAUUUUCUCCCCCCAACAAUUGAUUGAAACAGUGUGUUUAAUAAUUCCAGUAAAGCCUGCAUUCUCUGCUGAAAUCCUGGUUACUGAAACUCGUUGUGCCAGCACUCUGAUACUAGAUUUAGAGAUGCGCUGUCUUCGUAGUCGCUCCACUGUGCUCUGAGACAUGCAGUGAAGCAGACCACCGUUCGGACUAGUGUAAAUCGUGAGAGUGUUUUGUAACCAAGAUUUGAGCUUUAGCAUUGGCUAGAAUUCUUUGAAUGAAUAAGACAUUUGAGUCGGUUUUCCUCUACAGAAGUUAAGUGGUGUUGUAAAGAGCUGUGCCAUUUGUUAGCAGUUUAAGAAAAGUAGCGAAAUUUUACAUUUUGUAAAUCAUUACUUUUUUUUUUUUUUUUGGGAAUGGCUAUUUUAUAAUUUGUAGAUUUCAAGUGGUGAAUUUUUUUGUAUAAUUUUGGGGGAGGCAGGGUGGGUUGUUUAUUUGGGGGGGGCUGAGGGGAGGAGUCUUUAAUUAGAAAGUGAUGGAAUAGGGCUUACGUUAUAAUAACCGUAAACAGUUUGAAUUUAUUAAUCUGUGUUGAAAUAAUGAAAUAUUAAAAGAAAAUAGAAAAUUCUGUGAUACACACAAACCUUGUAAUAAAUACAAUUUGAGAACA